AAUGGAACCAAGUUUCGUCUUCAUAGCGUUAGUCAAGAAGAAGGGAAGCCAGUCACUUUGUUUUUAGGUCAAACUUGUUAUAAAGAUUAUGUUUGCACAAAUAUGAACAAUGAUCAUUGGCGAUUUUUACGUGACUAUGGCAAGCGUGAAUACGCUAAUGAACACGCGUGUUUUUCUGAUGCCUUGGGUGUUGGCUCUGUUGUUGAAACAAGUGACAACAAAUUGGUUUUUAUCAGAAGAAGCCAUCAAGUUUAUGAAGAUCCAGGUCGUGUGGAUACUCCAGGAGGACAUGCAGAACCAAGUGAAGUGAAACAGACAAGUGAGCAGCUUAAUGGUAAAAAACUGGUUGAUCUAGAAGAAAUGGAUGAAAAAGCAGUAACAUAUGAGUUGUUUCACUCUAUUGUGAGAGAAGUUAGAGAUGAGGUAAAUAUUCCAGAAGAAUACCUCAACUGGCCAUUGUUAAUUGGAAUACAACGGAAUCACACAACUGGGCAGAGACCAGGGGCAUGUUUCAGAAUCAGGUGCUCUUUAAGUGGUGAGGAAAUCAAACAGCUGUAUGACAAGGGAGGGCCAGAAGCUUAUGAGUCAUCGGAGCUGCUUUUGGUUGACCUAGCAGAAUUCCAGAGGGGCACUUCUUCCUCUGAGGUGAAGAAGCUGUUUAAGGAUCUCACCCCAGGAUGCAAAGCAUGUCUCUAUUUUUACUUUAAUUUACAGACUAGCACGUGUGCAUAGUUGAGAGCAUAAUCCUCAUGUCGUAAGUGAAGUAGUUCUGCAUCAGAGUUAAUAAAAUUUUUUAUGCCAAAAAAAUUAUGUAGAGAAACGAACAGUAG